AUGCAUGGUGGAUACUGGGUGUGUACCGUAUGGGGCGCCAAGUGUUACCCUAGUUUUUCGAAAAAUUCCUUCCUUUCCCAGGCUGCAGGGCAUCUCGAAGGUGGGCGUUAUAAGAGGUCGCUGGAGAGCAUGAAAUCAUCCAAGACUUACAACGACUUUAUCAUUGGAUCAGUAUGCAAGCAAAUUCAAAAAGAGAUGAAAUCAAGUGGUCCCAUAUUCAACAUUGAUUCCCGCAAUAAGACUAAGUCAUUUGAAAGUUAUUCCUGGAAAACCGCAAACAAAAGUUUAAAGAAUAAAUGUCCAACCCUCAUGACCAUUCUGGGAAGCACGGUGGAAAGAAAACUCAGCAAGAAGGAUGAUGUUCGGCUCACAAUGAUAGCAGCUCAAUUGUUCUUCGUAAGAUGUCCAGCAAAACACAAAGUCCUCCAAGAAUUGAUUGGACUCCUCCUGUGGUUUGCCGGCACCAACAGAAAGACGUUCCAGAGGCUCAACAGGCUUGGGAUUUCUUCCGGUAUCAAGGCUACCACAAAAACUAUAGAUGCGUUGAGAUCUGAAUUCGAUGUCACAAUUCACCAACAGCGACAGCGAAUCACAGAGCUACAGUCAACAAGCCGAAAAGCAAAGAGGGAACUUUUCAGUGAUGAGUGGGAGGAUUUGACUGAAUGGGUGAAAGUACUAGUAAUGGUGGUGACUGUUGUCGGUGUGGUGGUGAUUGUUGUCGGUGUGGUGGUGGUGGUGGUGGUGGUGACGACGGUGACGAUAUUGGUGGUGAUGGAGGUGAUGGUCGUGGUUUUCGUCGUGUUAGUAGUGGCUGUGGACAUGUAG